AUGGAGAAGAAACAAGCUCUUUUUGAAGACAUUGAUGAAGACAUUCCAUUUAUUGAUCAAGAGGACGAAAUUGUGGGUGAAUCCACGCAAAACUUUAUUGAAGACGAAAAUGAAUUAAUAGGGGAUCUGACGCAGAAUUUUUGGGAGGAUGACGAUGAAAUUAUUGGAGAGCCAACUCAGUCCUUUUUUGAGGCAUCCCCAAUAUUUCAGGGAAUGUCGAGCCCUCAAGUAGGAUCCGGAAAUGAAGUAGGAUCUGAAAACAAAUUGGAAAACGCCAUCAUAAUUACAGAAAAAUCCCGCAGGCAUAACAUUAAAUAUCAGGGACAACAGAUAAUUUUUGAGGCCAGAGUGGAUCCGGAUCGCCUGCCGUCCACAGCAAAUGGAGUCCCGAUGAUAACGAUUCUAGGAGUUGUCCGGGAGCUGUUUGAGAUGCUGAUUGCGAGGACCACCUCUGAUUUGGCUCCAGUCGAUCUCAUCCGAUUUUGCAUUCAAUCGGAUGAUUUAGACGUCCCAAUCUCCACAACACUGAUGCGAGUAUCCGAUCUCACCGUGGAAAAGAUCCUGGCAGCAGUGUUAAAGGUGCUUCAAUCCAAGAAGCAUAUAAAAUUAGAUACAACGUUCAGCGUGGACGUUGUAACUAUCAGGAGACCUGUUGGAGCUGGGAGAAGAAGAUUCGUCAACCCAGACGUGGAUAAACUUCUGAAGACGUCGAUUCUUGCCAUCCCCAGCGACGACCUGGGACUAUGCUGUGCCAAAGCAAUCGUCUUUGCCCUAGCCCAUUUGCACGCGGAUGUCACGGCGAUCAAUGCCCUGAAGAGAAAGGAUCGACCGGCAUUGACGACACGAGCAAUGGACUUGCACAAGGCAGCUGGUGUACCCCUGGGCCCGUGUACAUACCGGGAGAUUGCCAUUUUUGAGCAACAUUUGAAUGUGCAAAUUGUGGUAUUUUCCUCAGAAAAUUUAAAUAAGGUAUCUUACAAAGGGCAAAAUCGACCGGAGCGGAUUAACCUUUAUCUUCACCAAGGCCAUUAUGAUGUAAUCAAGGGGCUGAAGGGGUUUUAUAGCUCAAACUUCUAUUGCGAGCACUGCGAGAAGCCGUUUAAUAACCGGGAAAAUCACCGAUGUCCAGAGGCGUGCUACAUAUGCUUACGCAGGGAAUGUUUGCCUGGGGAAAAUAUACGGUGCACCGACUGCGGUAGACUUUGCAGAUCGACUGAUUGCUUUGACACACACAAAGCUUGCUCUUCAAAACAGCAGAAAUCUUUGUGUGAUAAAGUAUAUCAAUGCGAUCGCUGUUGCAAAGUAAUACAGCGUCAGAAAUGCCCCAGAGAACUUCACCGUUGCGGAACUACGAUGUGUCCGUCCUGUGAGGCCUAUGUAGUUGCUUCGGAGCAUCGAUGCUUCUUGAAGAAAGUGGCACCUAAAACCCCCAACGAAAAAUUAAUAUUUUUCGACUUUGAGACAGAUCAAGCCAGUGGAGAACACAAAGUGAACUUCGCCUUGGCACAGUAUCAGGACAAGACGGAGAAAGUGUUUAAAGGCUACUCUGCUUGUCACGACUUUUGCUCCUGGCUAUUUUCCCCAGAGCAUAAAGGAUAUACGGCGAUAGCGCAUAACAUGAAAGGGUAGGUCUUUUUCUUUCAAAAUUUUUUUUUUUUUGAACAAUAGUAUGUGUUUUUUUUUUGUUUGCUUAUAAAAAUCUUAUUUUUAUUAGGUUCGACGGUCAGUUCAUCAUGGCUUGGCUCCUUGAGCAAGGAAACGUGC